ACAGCUGCUUAUACUCUUAAUGAAUAUUUUUUGAGAUAUGAACCCAUCCUGAAGAGGCUGAUGAUUUUAUUAUCUCAUUUUUUUCCUUUCUCUAGAAUGGAUUCUAGGUGGCUCCCCUGGGUGGUGGCUCUGCUAGUGAAUCUGACCAGACUGGAUUCCUCCGUGACUCAAGGCACAGACUCUCCAGAAGAUUUUGUGAUUCAGGCCAAAGCUGACUGUUACUUCACCAACGGGACAGAAAAGGUGCAGUUCGUGGUCAGAUUCAUCUUUAACUUGGAGGAGUAUGCACAUUUCGACAGCGAUGUGGGGAUGUUCGUGGCAUUGACGAACCUGGGGCAGCCAGAUGCUGAGCAGUGGAACAGCCGGUUGGAUCUCUUGGAGAGGAGCAGGGAGGCAGUGGAUACGGUCUGUAGACACAAUUACAGGCUGGGUGCACCCUUCACUGUGGGGAGAAAAGUGCAACCAGAGGUAACGGUGUACCCAGAGAGGACCCCACUCCUGCACCAGCAUAAUCUGCUGCUCUGCUCUGUGACGGGCUUCUAUCCAGGGGACAUCAAGAUUAGCUGGUUCCUGAAUGGGCAGGAGGAGAGAGUUGGGGUCCUGUCCACUGGCCUUAUCGGGAAUGGAGACUGGACCUUUCAGACUGUGGUGAUGCUGGAAAUGACUCCUGAACUUGGAGAUGUCUACACCUGCCUUGUUGAUCACUCCAGCCUGCUGAGCCCUGUUUCUGUGGAGUGGAGAGCUCAGUCUGGAUAUUCUUGGAGAAAGAUGCUGAGUGGCAUUGCAGCCUUCCUACUUGGGCUAAUCUUCCUUCUGGUGGGGAUCGUCAUCCAGCUCAGGGCUCAGAAAGGUAACGAGCCUGUGAGGAGAGCCCUGCCACCUGCCCAAGGGCUUCCCUGCUCCCGUCUUCCCUAACGUCAAAGAUCUGAGGACAUGUGGGGACGAAGAUGUCUGGUGAUGAGGCCUCAAGAGCAGUUCUGCUCCCUCAGCCAUGCUAAAGUCCUCACGGAAGCUUCUCUCCCUGGAGCAUAAAGUAGUGAUGGGUAGUCUGGGCCCUGGGUGAGGUAAAGGACGUUCCUGAGGCCAGUGUUCUGGGAAUAACUCUCCUCCUUGAUAUUUGGAGGAGUCCAAUGUGAUUCUGGAACUCUGUGCUCUGAGAUUAUGCAUCUCCCACCCAUCUGCCCUUCUCCCUCCUACGUGUGUACAUCUUUAAUCCCCAUUGCCAAGGACUCUGUCCAGAAACUCCCCUAAGACCUUACUUCUUCCAGCCCCAAAUCAUUUACUUUUCUGUGGUCCAGCCCUGCCCCUAUAAGCCAUGAUCUCCAAAGCUUUCCGUCUUCCAACUGCAGUCUCCACAGUCUUCAGAAGACAAAGGCUCAGGUAGUCACUGUUUCCAAAAACCUCUUUGUUGUAGAAUAAAAUGGAGAUACAGAGAACCACGCAAAAUGUAUAAUUUAGUGAAUUAUUUAAGGAAAACUCCCUGUAAUCAAGUCAAGAAACAGGACUUUGCCAGCUUCAGCAGAAGUCUCUGUGUACCUCAGGCCAAUCAAAACCUUUCCCUCCCUCAAAAGUGUUCAUAUCCUGACUUUCUGGUAACCUCUUUCUUGCCUUUUUUUGUAGUCUGUUCCCCCAGGUUUGUGUUCCUGGACGCUACAGCUUAGUUGCCUUUUACGUCUCUUACACUUCACUGGUUUCUCUCUCAUCUGCCUUUGUGUCCUCUUAUGAUUAAUCUGCUGAAAAGCUCGAGCCAUUUGACCAGUAGCAUUUCCCACACUCUGGAUUUUGCUGGCUGCAUACACAUGGUACAGUGUAACACGUCCUCUGCCCUCUGCCCUCUGUAUCUCCUGCAAAUUGGCAUCUGAACACAGAGGCUGGAUCAGACUCUGGUUUGAUCUUUUCCUCUGGAAAGUCUAUACGUGGUACUGUGGUCAUUCACCACGAGAUGAAAUUUCCAGCUGUUUCUCUUUUUGUGAUGUUCGCAAUCAUUGAUAUCAAUUGCCUAGGUUGUUAAUUUGUUGGGGAUUGUUAAAUGGUGAUAUUCUUUCAUUUUUUCUUCAUUUAUAUGCUUCAUUAAUGCUAUAAAGAGACACUUCUUUUCCUUUGCUAGUGAAGAGACAUUUCCCUUCACUUAUUAGUUAGUGGAAAGGCAGAAUCAAUGUUUGACUCUCCUUUUAUUUACCAAUUUUUGAGCUAAUAAGUUGGUUUCCUAAUUGUAAUAAAAUCUACAGAUGCCAAUCAGGCUUUACUUUUCAUUUUUUAAGUAAGUAUAAACAGAAGGAUUUAAAUGUUUGAUAGAUUUUACUCUAUUGCAAUUUUUAUGUUUGUUGAAGCUUACAUGCUUUAUUUUUGGUGAGUGAAAACUUCUUCAAGUGGCUAAAAAUGAAACUGAGUUCUUUUGACACAAAGUUCUUUUGAUAAUUUCUUUGUUAUCUGGGAUGACAAGAUGUUUCUGGUUCAUUCUCUUCAUUUCUUGCCCAGACCAGGAGGUAGCCAUUUUUUUCAGAAAUCUCUGGUUUAUUUUAGUGGGAAAUGACAUUUAAGACUAUAAUCUAGAGUUAGGGAGCUUCAUCCUACUGAACCCACUGCUUGAGUCACCUCAGAAGUGGCGGCAAGGGAGUUUCCACAAGGAAGUGCUUCAAACCAUCCUGAGGUGGUGUGGGUCAGGAUUCAAAGAAAGAAGCAUGAAAUGCCAGGGUGAUCAGUCCAAAGCAUUUAUUUGGGGAAUUUACCUGUGGAGGCCUUCAGGAGUCUUAACAGGCAGCAAGAGAAAAGGGAUGUUCUGCCUGGGUAUUUCUGCAUUGAGGGGGUCAGGGUAUGGAGUUUAUAUGAGGGUUUAAAGAAUUUGACUCAGGGCUGGGACACAGCUUCAGCAUUCAGGGCAACAAGCUAGAUACCUAGUGCCUGGGAGUGUUCAAGGCCUUGGCUUGGGUUCAGGCCUGCUGGGGAAAAUCUGCAGUUGGCUGGGUCACAGAGGCAUUCUGUGAUUUUUCAGUCAGGACAUGGAAAGAAAGCAGGGAGAGGGGUUGUGGAGGAGCCUAAACAGAUAGGAGUGGUCAUUGUGUCCGGCCUGUUCAAUGGAAAUAUAACAUUUAUAUAUGUAUACAUUUAAAAAAAUCAGUCUUUUCUAUAUUACGUCUGCAUCUCCUUUCUUUUACACCAAGAACUCUGUUUUUUAAGGAUGCAGGGACAGACACUGUAAGAAAGUCCAUACUUAUUUGCUUUUCCUGGAUGAACAUAGACAGCAGUCUAAGGAUAAUAACGUUCAUACUACAACCACAAAAUGACUACUAAAAACGGUUGACAUUCUUUUUAGCUACAUUCUCCAUUCUUACCUAUGUUCUCCCCACCUUCCUAGUUGAACUAUGUCUAUGCUAAUUGAUCUUGUGCCAUUACAGAGAUUACUUGCUGCCUUAUGAGUCCUAGUUCUGUGAGUUGAGCUAUGUUUAAUGCUCACCAUGAUUCCCUAUGCUGAUGUCCCUGUCAUGUGGCAUUUUUCACGUGUGAUCCUUGGAUCCAUGGGGGUCCCUGGGACCCUUCAAGGGGCCUAUGAAGUCAAGCAUUUUUGUAACAAUGCUGUUAUUUGCCUUUUUCACUGUAUAAUUUGCAUAGUGGUGCAGAAAUCUAUGGUAGGUGAGAUGGUUAGUGCCUCAGCACAAAUCAAGGCGGUGACACCAAGUCGUGUAGGUAGUCAUGUUCUCCACUGCCCUAAGCUUACAGUAAAGAAAAGAAAGAAAGAAAGAACCAGUGACUUUGAUGAAGCAAUAAAAUCAUUAGUUUACUAAAUUUUAAACCUCAAGCACACAUCUGUUUAAUAUUCAGUGUAAGAAAAUAGGCAGCAUUUCUGGUGCAUACUGAUGGAAAGGCAGUUGUUCUGCGGAAAAGCCAUUGUAUAAUUGCAUGAGUUGUGAGUGAAGCUAGGUGUUCCUUUUUUUUUUUUUUUAAUGGGCGGAUCAUCAUUUUCCUUGAAAGAAUGACUGAAAGUCACAAUGUGAUUAUUCAGACUUGGGUAUUUGGUAGAAAUUUUCUCAAAAAUGAACAAAAUGAGCUUAUCCUAUCAAAGAAAAUAAUAUUGACAGUGGAAAUUGGAAUUUCAAGAGAAAAUUAAAAUUUUGGAAAACUUAUGUGUGCCGCAGCUUCUCACUACUUCAAGAUUUUCCUGAUGAGAUGGGUGGUGAUAUUAACAAAUAUGGUUUUAAAAACAUUGUUUCAUAAAAUAUGUCAGUACUUUAAAGAUCUGCAUAACCCCAUGAACCAGUAAUUUACAAAUAAUCAAUGCAUGAUAUUGCAAAGCCAUGCAUAGAUGAAAAGAUCCAUUUAAAGAUAGACUAGUGAAUUUUAACAUAACAGAAUAUGAAAAGUUAAUUGAUAAGGUUUCAGAUUCUACACCGCAACUAACCUGUAAGAAUCUGCCAUUUGUUGAGUUUUAGUGUCUUAUCAAGGAAGAAUAGUUACAAUAGCUGAAAAGGCUAUUGAAAUUUUCCUCCUUUUCCCACUGUGUAUCUCAGUGAGAUGAGAUUUUCUUUCUGUACCUCAGCCAAAACAACAUACUGUUACAGAUUGAAUGUAGAAGAAUAUAUAACCAAGCUAGUUUUAUUAAGCCAGACAUUAAAGAGAUUUUUACAAAUGUUAAAUAAUUCCUUCUUUUUCACUAUUUAUCUGUGCUUGAAAAGACAGCUAUUUUCCAUAAAAAUAAGUUAUUAUGG